AUGUGUGUAGGGGAGGAGGAGAGCCUGUGUCUGCAGCUCGGCCGCCUGCUGAAGGAGCUGCACUGCCCUCAUGAGCAGCUCGUCUGCAGGAUCCUGAAGGAGACGCACAGCAGCAAGGACCUGCUGCAGUCCAUCUUGUUCUUGUGCUCGGAGCUUCAGGCCGCUCGGAUCAUCGACAGCCGAGCCUCUGCACACACACGCUCGGCCUCGGCUCAGGGUCCAGAUCAGGUCUGUGAGGAGCUCCGCAGCGUCUGUCACAGCCUGCAGUUCACUGUGCCACAGGAAGAUGGCCCCAAUGAGCUGUUCCGAAACCUACACACCAAGGUGGAGUCUGUGCUGAGUUCACUCCCCAGAGGCAGCUGUGGCCCCCCGGUGCUGAAGAGCAGCCUGAGCUCAGAGCAGUGGGACAGAGUGUCUGAGGUGAACCAGGCGCUGUCCUCAGAGUACGAGUGCAGGCGGAGGAUGCUCAUCAAGAGGCUGGACGUCACCAUCCAGUCGUUUGGCUGGUCCGACAGAGCCAAGAUGAUGGUGGACCACAUGGCGCGUGUGUACCAGCCCCUCCGUCACUCCCUGAGGGCCCGUUCCUCUGUGGACGUGGCGUCUCUGUUGGCAGCCAGAGAAGACCUGUGUCACAUGGAGAAGACGUGCAGCGGCAGCAGCCGACAGAACACCUCCUGUGCCGUCAACAAGGUUCUAAUGGGAAGGGUCCCGGACAGAGGAGGACGGCCCUCUGAGAUCCAGGCCCCGCCCCCUGAAAUGCCCCCCUGGCAGAAGAGACAGGAUGGGGGAGGCUGGGGGGGUCGAGGAGGGAGAGGCGGAGGAUGGGGAGGCCAAGGAGGACGAGGGGGAAGAGGAGGAGGAGGCUGGAACCACGGACACGGAGGGCGUGGGGGACAUGGAGGGAAGAGAGGACGCUACCAGUAUUAG